GGAGCUCAUGUCAUGUUGGGAAAUUUGGGUCGAGUUAAGGAACACAUGGUGGUUAUUUAACAAGGUGAUUCAAUCUUUGGAAGUGCGGAGAAGAUCCUCAGGCUGAACAUAAAAUGUACACAAAAUGAAAAAAAAAAUCAAAAUCCAAGUAGCCAGAAGUGACCGACAGUGGUUUCUUCGUUUCUUUUUCGUUUCCUUCUGCAAUGCUUUUAUUUUGCAAGCGUCCGGAAGUACCCCUCAUUCUCUCUUUCUGGAUCCUCUGUACAUAAUCUGUGUCUGUGUUGGCCGUGAGCAGAACAAGCAUUAGAAAAAGAAUUUUGUUAAAAGCUCGGUCGGGACUGAGAGAGCUAUCGGGAUCAUAAAGACUUAUCCAGGCUCUGUUUCGGUCCGCGGGGCUGCUUCGGGUCCAUGGCCUGAUCUGGACCGGCGGUGGAUCGGUUGCAGCUGAAGCCUUCGAGAUGCUCCGAGUUCUCUGUAGCUGCACAACAACACCGCCACCGAGACCCGUCCGGGGACAAAGAAAUGCUUUUCAGACGGAGAGCCAGGAUGUUGCGAUGGCUGGCAUGUGGUCGGUUGGGGCCAGUGUGGAUCUGGAAAGCACUGCUGCUCUGUGUGGCCAUUGCUUUCACCAGCCAGCUGCUGGGGGUCAUCUUCAGCAAGAGCAGUGUCCAGCCACCUGCUGGUUCCAUCUUUUCAACCCCUGAUGCUCAGGAGCCCUUGCUGGGCUCCUGUCAGCCCCACACCCACAUCAUGUUCCUCAAGACCCACAAGACAGCCAGCAGCACUGUGCUCAACAUGCUCUAUCGCUUUGGAGAGGAGCGUGACCUCCGCUUCGCCCUGCCACUGAGCUACCAGUUGGGCUACCCGCUGCCCUUCAACGCUCACAGGGUCAAAGGAUACCGAGGUCCCAGAGUCAUGGAGUUCCACAUCAUGGGCAAUCACAUGAAAUUUAAUAAGCCAGAGGUGGAAAAGGUGAUGCCAGCAGACACAUUCUACUUUUCUAUCAUCAGGGACCCUGUCACUUUGGCAGAGUCCUCUUUUGCCUAUUACAAAGAAGUAGCGCCCGCCUUUCAGAAAGCGAAAAGCUUGGGUGACUUUGCUGAUGAUCCUAAGAGAUACUAUGACCCUCGUCUCCGCAACAACCACUAUGCCCGUAACCUGCUGUGGUUUGACUUUGGGAUGGACCACAAUGCUAAUUUUUCUCUGGCACUGGCUCAGAGUGGCGAAGCCAUGAUUCGCCAAACCUUCAAGCUGAUUCUAGUGUCUGAAUACUUUGACCAGUCCAUGAUUCUGCUGAGACAUGCUCUCUGCUGGCCACUGGAUGCUGUUGUCUCAUUCAGUCUCAAUGCUCGGCAACAGAAGCCUAGUGCCAUUGGGGGGAUGACUGGUAGCUGGGUGGGCAAAGCGGUGGCAGUGACUGGGGUCAAUGUUAGAAGUGGACAUUCACAAGCCAAGAUACCACUAACAGAGAAACAACGGGAGAAGCUGCGGCAGUGGAAUGCCUUAGACUGGUUCUUAUACGAAUCCUUCAACAGGACCUUCUGGGAGGAAAUUGACAGGUUCGGUCAAGUCCAGAUGGAGCAGGAAGUAUCUCGUCUCAGGAUGCGGAGGGAAGAACUGGCUCAGGUUUGUCUCAGGGAUGGUGGGAAACCUGUGGAGGCACACCGUAUCCGAGACGAAAAUAUCCGGCCAUUUCAGAGUGGAUUAGUGAAGAUUCUUGGCUAUGAGCUCCAGCCAGGGCUGGACAACACCACCAGGACAGCAUGUCUAAGGAUGAUCAGGCCUGAGAUCCAAUAUAAAGAUGUGUUGGAUGCUAAGCAGUUCCCACACUCUCCAGCGGUACAAAUGCAGACAGAGCAAAAGAGUCAGGGACUGAUGUUAGCAGCCAGUGGCUCUUUCUUAAGACAAGACUCCUCCAGGGCAGGAGAGAGACUGGUUGGGGGAGAGAAAGGGAGGAGGAUUGUGGAGAAGGGGGAGAGAGACUAGGAUGGGAGCUGUUUAGUGAGGAGCAACCAGACUUUGAUACAAGGGCAAAAAAAAGGAAGCCCGAGAUAGUUUGAGGUAAGUGUCCUUCCUAAAUGAGAGUGGUUUACACAUGAGAAGAUAGAAAACUCCUUUGCACUUCCACUUUCUGGUUGUUUGCUUCGUUUAAAAACUGUCAUCGAUUUUAGUAAGUGUAAUUCUAGUGGAUUUGACCUUUGACCUCUGGAGCACCUGUAGUGCUUUCAUGGCUGCAGUAACAAGCUGCAGGAGGGCUGUGUUUUUUAUAAGAAGUACUUUGAAAGUGUUGGCUGGUCCCUCUGCUGCUGUUGAUUACUCAGUCAUAUGUGACAGCAGACAUGUGGAAGCCUGUAUUAUCCCAUGUUCAUAUUAAUACUUUCAAGAGUCCUGAAUUUCACAUUACCCUUGGUGUACAUGCCUGAAAAUUUUUCAAUGUAAAGGCACAUAGAGCUGCAGUUUGUGCCUCGCAUGUAGUACUGAUAUAUGUCACAGAGCUAAGCAUUUACUUUUCUAAGAUAAAUACUUAGUGAUCCUUGAACAUUUACAAUAUUGCCUGGGGCCUUUCUUCUCCCUUUGACAGUGUGAGUUUUCUAGGUAUUUUGGAUUCCUCCCAAAGUCCAAGGAUAUUUAGGUUGGGUUUCCGAGUGACUCCACAUUGUCUGUGAAUGUGAGUGGUUGUCUCUCUCUCUAUAUAUGUCAGCCCUGUGAUAGACUGGCAACCUGUCCAGGGUGUACUCCACCUCUCCCCCAAUGGCAGCUGGGUUAGGCUCCUGUUCCCCUGUGACUUUCCACACGAUAAAUGGUAUGGAUGGAUGGAGAAGGUAUUCAUAAUGCUGCAAGAAGAUGGGCUAUUUUCAUUCACCUGAAUUAAUGUUGUAAAUUAAAAUUUAAAUAAUCAUUUUUAUAAUGAAAUUCUUUUGAUUCAAAUGGUUAGAAGAAUCUUUGGAUGAUUCUACCUAGUUUAAACCACCCUUUGAGUUUUUCAGAUUUGACAGUAUCUUUCAGAAAAGCUCUGUGGCUCUAAUAUAAUGGCAAUACAUGAGUGGCACAAACUUAGGGUAUGCAGUAGAUACAGCACUAUUUUUCAUGUAUGAUAUGAUUUGUAAAGUUAAAUUUGACUGGCACUGUGGACAAAAAUGAAAAUGAAAGUAAAUCAGAUUCCGAGUGAGUAUUGGGCCCUAUUUAGAACCACAAUCUUAGGCCUGUGCUUCCAUUCUGAACCACUUUUGGUCACAUUCCUUUAUCCUUCUUCUGCUUAAAUAGACGGAGUGUAGCCAGUGUCUGACACAUACAAAGACGUUCACAUGGAUAUCUACUUCUUUGUGAGGAUGUCAGGUAUUAAAAAUGAAAAUCAAAACAUGAAAUUCAUAUCACUGUGGGCCCAAACAAAUCUCAAAGCAACUGCAUCUUAAAAAUGCAUUCCAUUCUUUUAUAAUGCUCAGUCAUGUCCUGAACUCCACAGAAUUCUUGUUGAUAUUUGGAAACUAAAGUUUGAACAGUGAGUCAGCAGGUAUUUUAGGAAUUUUAGAGUGAUGUGUGGAGAAGUUAAACUUGGUACCAUUUUAGUGUUGCUCAGGAGCUCACCUAGCCACUCACUUCAAAAACAACAUUGAUCAACCAAGAAAUUAAAAAGCCCAUCAUA